CCCAGCUCACCUCCCUCCUCAGGCCCCGCUUCCUCCCCGAUACUCACUUCGGCCCAGCUCUAGUUCUCAGCACCCUCCUCAGGCCCCGCCCCCUCCCGCUACUCACUUGGGCCCCUCCCUAUUUGUCAUAACCCUCCUCAAUCCCCGCCUCCUCCGCUCCCCAAUUACUCACCUGGGCCCCGCCCCAGCUCACCGCCCGCCUCAGGCCCCGCCCCCUCCACCCGGCUCCCUUUGCUCAGGGAGGGCCUCCCCUACCGGAACAUCCCGCCUUUUGGAGGCUACGCCCCGCCCUUUACGCUACAGAGCCCGGAAGUGUCUUGAACUCGCGUUUCCAUCUUCCGGCCUCGCGUCUCUCUCAGGCUCGGUUUUACCCCGGAGUGUAUUCGAAGGGGGCUGCUACGUCAGCGCGUCUCGGCGUGAGACAGCGCUGUUCCGCUGUAACAGCUUCCGGCGGGUCCUGGAUGUUGAUGUCCUGCGUCUAACGCGGUGCAACGCCUGAAACCGAGCGAGCUCCGGAGGGGUCCGGAGGAAUUUCAGUAUCUGCUGCGGUAACCUUAUCAGCUCGCCAAGAUGGCGAUGCAAGCGGCCAAGAGGGCGAACAUUCGACUUCCACCUGAAGUAAAUCGGAUAUUGUAUAUAAGAAAUUUGCCAUACAAAAUCACAGCUGAAGAAAUGUAUGAUAUAUUUGGGAAAUAUGGACCUAUUCGUCAAAUCAGAGUGGGGAACACACCUGAAACUAGAGGAACAGCUUAUGUGGUCUAUGAGGACAUCUUUGAUGCCAAGAAUGCAUGUGAUCACCUAUCGGGAUUCAAUGUUUGUAACAGAUACCUUGUGGUUUUGUACUAUAAUGCCAACAGGGCAUUUCAGAAGAUGGACACAAAGAAAAAGGAGGAACAGUUGAAGCUUCUCAAGGAGAAAUAUGGCAUCAACACAGAUCCACCAAAAUAAAUGUUUCCUACAUUUUCAUUUUGGACUAAAUCCCAUGAAUGACAAUUUUCCACUUUUUUUUCCUUUUUAAUUAAUACUAAAUAUUGUGAUUUCUCAUUUGAGGUUCAACAUGACCUACUUGAAACUUUGAUACGUAUUAGAAUACAUUGUGUUAAUAAAUUUACAGCUUUUUGUGAAACACCUCAAUCUUUUCUCUUGAACUUUCCCUUCCUGUUUGAUACCAGGAAAAAAUAGUUGAAGCUUAUCAAGAAUUGUAGGUGCUCCUAGGGAUUCUGUGCUUCUUGAGAACAGGACCUCUUAAUGUAAAUUCUUAAUGCCUCCAGGGCCCGGUGCAGUGCUUAGCCAUCAAAGGAACUUGCUGUUUAUUGAAUGUCUGUUAAUAAUUAAACCUUCAUAACAACUCAGUGAAGAUAGGUAUUUGCAUUUUGCAGGUGAGGAAACCAAAGCUCAUGAUGUUGGUUAAAUGAAUAAAAUGCUAACAUACAAAGCUGGUGUGAUAACAACCAGUUAUUAACCAAGCCUUUACAUGUGAAUAAUGCUUGCUUUAUAGUUAACAAAACACCUUUGUCAAUAUGGGUACCCUUGUCUUUAGAACAGAGGUCUGUUAUAGAAAUGGUCAUUUAGAUGAUAGUACAUUGUUAGAAACUUAGAUUUGCCUCUUUAAAUUUUUUAAAAAAUUAUUAUGGGUACAUAAUGGUUGUCACAUUGGUAGAAAUUUGAGAGCAAGCUGCUUGGGUAGUGGUGUUGGUUGUUAUAUGUCUAAGAUUGUAUUUAUGUAGCCUUUUCCUUUAGUUAUUAAGCAUCUGUAUAUAUUUUGGACCUUAGUUCAUAAUAUAUCUUUACCAUAAAUAAAAUACUUAAUGCUCA